AUGUCUCAAACACCAGACGAGCAGCUUCCUGCCCUCCCGGCGGAUGUGACCCCCAACUGGCUGGGAUCGAAGCUGGGGCACAGCAUCAAGUCCGUCGAAAACACGCACAACAUCUGGGGCACGGGCAGCAAGCUGUUCUACAACAUCACGUACGAGGAUGAGAGUAGCAACGGGGACAGGCCGACGCAUGUCUGCGUCAAGGGCGUCUUCAGCUCCGAAAUGAUUGAGGCGCAACCGUGGACCGUUAGCUUGGCGCAACGCGAGGCCGACUUCUUCUCCAAGGUAGCGCCCAACGUCAAGAACAUGAUUUAUCCCAAGGGCUGGUGGAGCGGGACGAGUGAGAAGCAGGGCAUUUCCAUCAUGAGCGACCUAACUAAGGAGGGCUGCACUUUCCCCGUCGAGGUCGCCUCGUAUCCGGUCGAGAAGGUCAUGAACGGUGUUGAACAGCUGGCAGGUCUGCAUGCGCAGUACUGGGGCCAGAGCCAGGAAGAUCAUCCCUGGAUCUGGAACAACUACGACCCGGCCAUGAAGUUCAUGUGCACACCAUGGGACGAGGUGGUGCGGGCCCCGGGCCGACCGCGGCUGCCUGCGUACCUGAUGGACGGCGGGCGCUGCAAUAAGGCGCUGGAUCGGUACUUCGCCGAGCGCAACCCCCGGUUCCGCACGCUGUUACAUGGCGACACGCACGUCGGCAACGUCUAUUUCACAGGGGAAGGCCGCAUCGGGUUCCUGGACUGGUCGGCCUUCCACUUCGGCUCGUGUUUCCAUGACGUCGUCUACCACAUGACGGCCAUGCUGAGCGUCGAGGACCGCCGCGCCCACGAGAUGGAGGUUCUCGACCGCUACCUCGACGCGCUUCACCGCCUCGGUGGGCCGCGUUUCGACCGCCAUGGCGACCCGGAGGUCAUGCUUGAGUACCGCCGCUCCUUCAUGACCAACGUGAUAUGGCUCAUCUGUCCCGACGGCCUGCAGUCCAAGGAGCGCGUCGCGGUCCUGUGUGAGCGCACCGUUGCUGCGUAUGACGACCACAAGGUUAUUGAUGUUAUCCUUGGCCAGCCAACACCUACUGCUUCUUGA